UUAAAUUUUUCAAUUUUUUUCAAAGAAAAUUAUAAAAUUUACGAAAAAUGUGACAAAAUCGUCAAAAAAAAGUCACUCAAGUGAAAAAAAAAUUCUAAAAUAAAAAUAAUGGACUUUCGACGUCGUUACGACAAGUUAACGGAUGAUAUAAAUCGUGUGCUGACAAGAGCCAAAAGUACCAGCAAUGUCUUGGGCUUCAAGAGAUCACAAUUCGACCCGAAUUACUGAUAUUCCUCAUCGCCCCGUUCGCCUUCAUCCCUCAAGUCACAAAUCUUCUGCCGCUUCGUGCGCCGCUGAACAUCACAACCUCCAAUACUACCGAAACAAUCGAAAUCGCAUCCUUUUCGGCGAAGGCAACAACUCUCCGUCAUCGAAACACUUCCCGCUCGCUCGAAGUUCCUCCGACACCGAUCAACUUGGCUAUGGAUUCAACCAUUGGUACAGCAAUGACAGUAAUAUGAGUCCCGUAAAUGGUACCCGGGAGAACGGUUACGAAAAAGUAGAGUUACGAAAGAAGCAGCCAGCCUCGAGAAAUGAUCAGCAACGUCCCGUGUCGUCAGGAUUUCAGUCGUUUUUGAAGUUUUUCGGGAAAAAUAGUGAAAAUCGCAAUUCGACAGCGAGUGAACCGUUUGGCGCGGAAGAGAGAAAUAAUAAUAACACGAAUUACGGGAAAAUUAGACAGAGGUUGAGAAGUACAGAAAGUCCCGGAAAUUCAUCGUCGUCGGGAGGAACAGAUUCUAGUCCAACAUUAUUAGAGUUAGAUAGCACGAGUGAGCUAAGUAGCAGUAGCUCGACAAGUUGUGAUAGUUUAUUUAGUAUAGCAACCACUGGCUUUCAUUUUGUACCAGUUGACAUUUAUCAACCGGAUGGGAAUACAUUAAAGACUCAUAAGCAAUUACCUGUGCAGCCAGUUACUGAUUCGUACCGCAAGCGUCUCAAGCAACGCGAAAGUUUCCGCGAAAUUGAUCUCCUCAACGACUUGACGCUGCGCAAAAAGUAUCGUCUCUUCUCCACAGACACCGAACCAAAGAAAAGAUCCAAAAACGCCUCAUCGGAAGCUGAUCCCUCAUCGUCGCAGCAAAAGCCUCGUCGCACCGUGAGUGACAGCUCGAAAGACUUCAAAGCGGGCGCGUAUGUUCACGUCAAGGGAAAACGAAAAGCUCCGCCGCCUCCGCAACCAAAUAGUGAGCAAAGUAGCACGCAAGUGACGCCAAAAUCAACGUAUGGUCGUCGCAAGAAACGCCCAGCACCUGCGCCGCCAACGACUCCCGAGCAAAAUAACACUUUAUCGACAACAAGUUUGCUCGACGACAAAGAUAUCCGGGCAAUAAUCGACGGAACGAGGUUUAAUUUUGACGCGCCAAGUACGAGUUUGGCUGAAGAAAAGCGAGAACAGAGUCAAAGUAUGCCAAAACCAUCGACUUCGCGGGAACUUCAAGUAGCAAGUCCCUCGAAAAAGUUGACGGAAGAGCAAAAACAGCAUUUGAUCGAAAGUGUGGUGAAAGCAACGACACCCGAAAAGAUGGAAAAUGACGAAGAAACGCCCGUUCCAACACCAAGUAGCAGUAUGAACAACGUCCCGAGCUUCUUGAUGGAUGAAAAUGUGCUGACGAUGAACAAAAACGCCUACAAAUUCUGCAAACCGGAGAAAUUUCAGGAAAACGAAACAAAUCUCGAGGUCGUUGAAGAAGAUGAUCGCCCAAUUUCACCGCUUUCGCCUCGUCCAUGGUACAAAAGACCCUCAAAUUCGCACAAAGAUUACUCCCUGAUCCCCUUCAAGCGCGAAACUUUCCUCAAAACGAUCGAUCGCAAGAAGAACAAGAACAAAUUGGAAGAUGAUCUGCCUGAAGUGCCUUUUUGUCGCAACUCUCUGCUCGAAAACGGCAAUAAAUUAAACUUUUUUGCCAAAUUAAGAGACAAUCGAGCCGAAAUAACGACUCCAGGGAAGCAAGAAAAACGCCGUUCGGGCAUUGGAAUCCCAAAUAUCAGCGAACUCGAUAGAGAAGCAGCGGAAAUUUUGGGUCAAAAACACAUGAAACCCCUUGAGGAAGGCGUAAAUCGUCAAAAUUCGACCGAAAAUGAGCAUGAACAGUCCCCGCCGAGAUCCGCAAAGGAGCUUAUUUCGAAAUUUGAAGCUCAAACGAACAAUUCUUUGGGAAAAGUCACCGUAAAUCCCGUUUUUGUUGGAAGUUCUAACGGAAAUACCUCUGCAAACGCCUCUCCCGUGAUGAAAACAAAGCACGACGAGAAAAAUAAAAGCUUGAAACAAAACGCAUCGAACUUUGAUUCGGUUUUCAAGUCAUGGAAGUGUCCUUAUUGCACACUGGAGAACCCAAGUUGGAAGAUUGUCUGUUUGGCAUGCGAUAAAUUGAAGCCCUGUGACAGCGUUCAAAAGUAUUUCGGGCCAGGACAGGGCCCAAUUCGCCCUCAGGAUGGCUCCAUGAACAAAAAUGACGCGAAAAAAGACGAUUGGGACAAGAAACGAGAAAAAGUUUUGAAAUAUUUCCGCCCAAAUGCAUCGCCAAAGGGAUCAAAUACGAGUUUGAACGAGUCACAAAGCGCUAAAAAUGACGAAAAAUCCACGGGAAAUGCUCUUCAAAAGUCCGCUUCAGAAACUUCGAUGUUUGGAAAUGAACCGGCAGCACGAAUGAGGAAGAGUUCAUCCCCAAAUCGAGGAAUGGGAUCUCCUGCACUCGGAUUGAGACGUCUUGUGUUGGAAAGAACGCGCGAAAAAUCGAUCGAAAAGCAAAAAAUUAAGGAUGAAACGGGAAAAGUCACCCAAAUAUCGAUCACUUAUGCAAUUAACGAAACGAAACCGAGCACUUCGGAGAACAAAGAGAACGAAUAUGCGCAAAUUGAGCAAAAAAUCGAUGAAAAAGUUGAGAAAAAUGAACCUCAGGAAGAAAUUUCGUUCUCAACUGAUGUUUUUAAUGCCGUUUCAAUGGGAAUGAAGUCAGUAGAAGAGCCAAAAAUGACGAAAAAAGUUGAAAAUGAGACUUUUGAAGCACCAAAACCUAUCGAAAAACAAAAAAUUAACUCAUCAAACCAAUCAAAUGUGGUUAGAGCCCCGCAACAAACAUCCAAAGAUCAUCUCGAGAUCAAAUAUAAAGACACAGUUUUCGCUCGAAAGGAAGUUUUCAUCACAAAUCAAGCUUAUGUAGCUCCAACUGCCUCGAAAGAGAGUUUAAAUGAAGAAAAAUUACCCGACAAACCUCAAAAAAUCAAAAAUUUUGAAGAAAAAGAGAAGCCCAUGAGCAAUCAAGUAACGACAAAACCUCCUCCUGUGCCCGUACUUCCCUCAGAAUCGACUCAAAAAGUGACUUCCGUCCCCGAGAAGAAAGAAUUACCUCAAAAAAUCGAAGAAACUCCCAAACAACCAUCCGAAUCAUCAGAUUUCGAAGCCAAAAAACGCCAAUUAUCGAAUCGCGAGGAGCUGGAACGUGAAAAAGCUCGUUUACGGGAGAUGAUUCGUGAGAUGAAUGCCAAAGCUCUUACCGAUAAAUAUCCUGUGUUGAAGAAAAAAGCCGCCUUAGCUGAUGAAAUCCUCAAAAAAUCGGAUGAAAAACGUGAUGAUCCUCCAAAAGAUGAAAUUAAACCAAAAGAAGAGCCAAAAAUUGAACAAAAAUCAGUCGAAACGCCGCCGCAGCAACAAAAACUCGGGGCAAUUAAGAAAUUUUUCGGAAAUAAAGUAUCGAGUUCGGUUCAAACGACAGGAAUUUUGAAGAAAACUGAAUGUGACGAGACAAUUCCAAUUACUGUCACGGAAAUUUCUGCGCCUGAAGUUGAUGAUACGAAGGAAGAUUACGUCAAUAUGCCUCCCGGAUCGCCAACUAUUGCGAGGGCGAAUAUUUCUUCCAAAAAGGAGGAAGAAAAAGUUGAAAAAGCGAAGUUGAGAAGGCAGUUCAGGUCUCACAAAGGAUUGGAAAGCUUCAAAUCGAGUUUAAAUUUCCCCUCAAAAAGCAUGAAUCGAACGAAUACUCUCGUGAUCAAUAAAUUAUUGAGAAGUUUGGAAAAUGCAAUUGCUGAUGGUGAAUUUGAUCAAGCAGCGAACUAUGCAAUGGAGUUGGCAAAGAUGAAAGUUGCUCUUUCGGUGACGCGUCAGAAGGAUCGACCUCUGUCUGGAGCAAUGGGCGGCGAUUUGGAACUCGAAAAUAUCAUUGUCAACAUGUAUGUCGAGGAUAAAGAAACAUCAAAAGGUCCCAUCCAGAUCUCAAUUUGCCCUCUAUGGUCGGUUACGAAGCUAAAAGAAAAGAUUCAGGAAGACUUCAACUUACCUGUGCACAAACAACGAUGGAUUUUCUUCGACAAAUUAGCGGAUGACGACUCAAAAACAUUAUUUGACUAUCGCGUCGUCGCUCAAGGAGUUGAUAUUUACUUAUAUUUAGUCGACACAGUCAUGCAAGAUGAGAAAAAAGUCAAAGAAGAGAAAAUAAACGAAAUUAAAACAUCUUUAAACAAAACAAUUGAGCUCCAAAAGGCUCUUGACAGUUUCGAAGCGGAAGUUGCCAAAAGUCCUGCGCCUCGUAAGAAGCAUUUUUCGCCUUAUGCUGAUGUCAAGCCAAAAAUCGAACGCAAAAAAGUCGUUUCGACCUUCACGCCGACCGAAAAAAAUAUUUUAAAUGUCUCAGAUACGGAAGACGAACCAAAGAUUGUACCAAAAAUCGAACCAAAGCCAGUUAUAGCUCCAUUAGUUGAUCCUCAUGCAUGGACUUGCACUCUUUGUACGUUGAUAAAUCAUCAUGCGGGUGCCGAAUGUGCUGCCUGUGGGCAUCCCAGAGUCAAUAAAACGCAAGAAUGGCCUGCUGACAUUCGAAAAUCCGAAGCUCGAAGGUUUUUGGGGAAUCUUUUCGACCCAAAUACGGAAAUAAAUCCCGUUCCAAAGCCCCAACGAGGUCAAAUUGGGUCAAAUAACGAGAAACAAACUGCUGGAACGAGUACUUCUGAUGCUAAAAAUCCUCCGAAAGGCUCUUCAACGACAACAACUGUCAUGACAGCGCUCGUUAAUCCCCUUCCGAACCCAAAUAUCACAAAAACCAAAUAUCGCGGCGUUGAUAAUUACAAUCCGAAUGCUCCGUAUGUCUUUCCAACGGUCGCUGAAGUGCUCCAAUCCAACGUCCCCAUCAUAAAAACUGUCAUGCUAAAAAAUCCCGACAAAUUUGUCGAUGUCGAUACUCCGCCAGCAAUCCCUCCGCUGCCAGCAGUGAUGCCAAAACACGAAAUUCGCACAAAUUCUAAUCGGAGAAAGAAGAAAUUAGCGCCGCAGCCUCCGGGAACGCUAAAUCGCAAGAGUGCUACGUACCUUGAGUUGCUAAAUCUCGAUAAUGCGGGCAUUGUUCCGAACGUCGAGCCCUUUGAAUGCACAAUUUGCUUCGUCGAGUACCAAGAAGGCGAAGGAGUGAUACUCAGGGACUGUCUUCAUAUGUUCUGCAAGGAGUGUUUGGGGUAUGCCAUCCAAUAUUGCGAAGAACCGGAAGUGAAAUGUCCGUAUAAGGAUACCGAAUAUAGUUGUGAGAUGUCGUUACAGGAUCGAGAAAUUCGAGCUCUUGUGACGCCGGAAAUGUACGAAAAGCACUUGGCAAAGUCAGUUCGCCUUGCAGAAAAUCAAAUUGAGAAUGCAUUUCAUUGUAUGACGCCCAAUUGUCGUGGUUGGUGCAUCUACGAAGAUAACGUCAAUACGUUUCGGUGUCCCGUUUGUCGGAUUUUGAAUUGUUUGACGUGUCGGGCCAUUCACGACGGAUUAAACUGCAAACAAUACCAAGAACGUCUUCAAAAUAACUGUGAUAAUAAUGCGGAAGCGAAACGCACAAUUGGCUUCCUCCAAGAGAUGGUUGAAAAGGGUGAAGCGAUGAAUUGUCCAACGUGUCAAGUCAUCGUCAUGAAAAAAUGGGGCUGUGAUUGGUUAAAAUGCUCAAUUUGCAAAACUGAAAUUUGCUGGAUAACGCGCGGACCGAGAUGGGGUCCCGGCGGCAAAGGAGAUACUUCUGCAGGAUGCAAAUGUGGCGUUAAUGGGAAGAAAUGUCAUGAAAAAUGAGCAUUGGACCGAAGCGCAGCAAGAGAGGGUUGAUCUCCAACGUGCCCGUAUCUUUGAAGUGAACCGACAUCUCAUGACGUUGUACGAGAGCGACGGAUUUCCGAUGCACAUGAAUUUAGCACUUCAUCAUCACAGGAAUUUUCAACAGCAGUAUGGGCAGAGGAUGCCAAGAGCGGAAAUUGUUUGAAAAAAAUAACGUAGAAAUUAGUUGAGCCAGUAUUUUUUCCUUAAAAAUGUGCAAAAAAAAAUUUGAAA